AUUUUAUUAGUUGCGUCAGAAACGGACAGAAAUAGGUAGCUAAAUACGUAAAAAUAAAUAAAGCUAAAAAUUAUAUGGCGAUAGUGCAGUAGCGGAAUAUCUUUGAGCUGAUAUAAUUUGGUACCUGAUGAGUGUUUCUAAAGACACUCUUAUUUUAUUGGUUGAUAAUCAAGUGCUAUCAAAAUGAUUAGUGCCUUUAUUCCUAAUUUUCAUCAAGUGCAAGGGAAUCAUGGGAAACAUUUUACGGUAUUUCAAAUUGAAGUGUAUAUUUUUGGAAAAUGCCAUAAAAUUGAGAGACGAUACCGUGCCUUUCAUUCAUUGCAUAAGCAGUUGAAACACAUAAUUUCAGCCCCAGAGUUUCCCCCUAAGAAAGUUCGCAAUUUAAAUCCUAAAGUUUUGGAACAAAGGCGAAAAGGCCUAGAACAUUACAUUCAAGAACUUUUAAAGCGUAAACCAGUGCCUAAGCAACUACUAAAUUUCUUAUCACUUCCUGGCAUUUCUCCAGCCUCUAGUGAAAACUCCGUUCAUAUGGAAGAAAAUAAAGAAAUAAUUCAUCAACCUGUAGUGAUGUACAGUGUUAAUUUAUAUGUUGAGGAAGAUAGAACAAGUAGUUUACCCAACAUUGUAAGCAAAGGUCUGUUGACAGCGUUUUAUUCAUCUGAUGAAGAAGGGGACUAAUUAUUCUUCCGUUUGAUAUAAUUAUUACUAAAUUCUCUAAUUUUAUGAAGCUAUUUUAUUUUUUUAAAUAUUCUUUGUAAUCUAUAUAAACUGAACAAAUGUGAUUCUCAAAAUCAUUUUUAUUUAUUUUGCAAAAUGAUUAGUUUUUGUGUUGCUGAUUUUUAUUUAUUUUUUUGUUCUUUUAUAUUUAUAUCAUUGUUUAUUUAUGCUUUAAUUAUUUUACAUCUACCUUUUCCCUGCAUUAUUUU